AAAAAAAUAUCAUAUACUCUAGUUCAACUCCAACACCCUGUUCACAGUUUCAACACAAAAGAGCUUGUUUCAACCUCAGCUAUGCUUUAAGCACUUUCAGAUACACAGAAACCCAGAAAUGCCUCAAGCCCUUUUCUUGAAGCCCUUCAUUUCCGCUCCUUUGGAUAAUUGGAGUAAAUUGAAAGAAUGCACAAAUUCUAUAGGUGCCAAUGUGAAGAUGCGUGGAAGACUGGAGGUGGUUUGUAUGGGAAUGCUGGCACCAAGAAAGUUCUUGCAGAAAAGGAAGAAAGUGGAGGUUUUUAAAGACGUUGGCGAUGAGGCUGACCAGAAGAACUGGAGGAGACUGAUGAAUGAAAUCGAAGAGAAGGGUUCUGCUGUUGCAGUGCUCAAAAGCGAAAAGCUCAAAAACAAGACGAUUCCUAAGGAUCUUGUUCUUGGAACGUUGGUUAGAUUCAAGCAAUUGAGGAAAUGGAACCUCGUUGGUGAGAUUCUUGAAUGGCUUCAGACUCAGGACUGGUGGGACUUCAGCGAAAUGGAUUUUCUGAUGCUUAUAACAGCUUAUGGAAAGCAAGGCAAAUUCAACAGGGCUGAGAAGGUUUUAAGCUUGUUGAAUGAAAAGGGCUAUGCACCAAGUGUAAUAUCACAUACUGCUCUUAUGGAAGCAUAUGGAAAAGGAGGCCGAUACAACAAUGCUGAAGCAAUAUUUCGAAGAAUGCAGUCUUCAGGGCCUGAACCAUCUGCUGUGACAUAUCAAAUCAUACUAAAAAUAUUUGUUGAGGGCUGCAAGUUUAAGGAAGCUGAAGAAAUCUUUGAGACCCUUUUGGAUGAGGAAAAGUCACCUUUAAAGCCAGACCAAAAGAUGUUCCACAUGAUGAUCUAUAUGUUUAAGAAGGCUGGAAGUUAUGAAAAAGCUCGUAAGAUGUUUGCGGUGAUGACUGAGAGAGGGGUUCGGCAAUCAACAGUUACUUAUAAUAGCCUAAUGUCGUUUGAAACUAACUACAAGGAAGUAUCAAAGAUGUACAACCAGAUGCAAAGAGCUGGUCUCCGACCUGACGUUGUGAGUUAUGCCUUACUCAUUAAUGCUUAUGGGAAAGCUAGAAGAGAGGAAGAAGCCUUAGCUGUUUUUGAGGAAAUGCUUGAUGCUGGUGUCAGACCUACCCCCAAAGCAUACAAUAUUUUGCUCGACGCAUUUGCAGUAUCAGGAAUGGUGGACCAAGCUCGAACUGUUUUUAAAAGCAUGAGAAGAGACAGGUAUGAACCUGAUAUAUACUCGUAUACCACUAUGCUGUCAGCUUAUGUAAAUGCACCCGACAUGGAAGGUGCUGAAAAAUUCUUCACAAGACUAAAGCAAGAUGGAUUCAAACCCAAUGUCGUCACUUAUGGGACCUUAAUCAAAGGUUAUGCUAAGACAAAUGAUAUUGAGAAGAUGAUGGAGAAAUAUGAGGAAAUGCAGGCAUGUGGUGUCAAACCAAAUCAAACGAUCUUGACAACCAUAAUGGAUGCGUAUGGCAAGAACAUUGAUUUUGGGAGUGCUGCUGUUUGGUACAAGGAAAUGGAAUCCUGCAGGCUUACUCCUGAUCAGAAAGCAAAGAAUAUCCUUUUAUCUUUGGCAAAAACUGUAGAAGAACAACAGUUAGCAAACCAAAUUGUAGGAUAUUUGGAUAAUACUAGCAAUGAACAAGGACUUGGUCGUUUAUCAAUCUCUGUUGAGCAGAAUGAUGAGGAUGAAGACAAUUACGAAGAUGAUGAAGACGACGAUGACAGUUAUGAUGAGGAAGUCGAUGGUCCUUCACAGGUCACUUCAUCAUAUGAUGAUGAACAAGAAAGUGAGCUGGUUUAUUUAAAUGCUGAUAGUGAAAAAAACCUCGAUGACUUACUUACAGUGGCUGAAUUGUAAAUUUGGGAUCUUCUUUUUGUGGUAUAGUCACAUUACCUAGUGUUCAUUGUUAAUUCAACCAGAUCAGUUGAGAGUUAAUACGUGGGAAUGGAAUCACCCUACACUACAUUUUUGGCGUUUAAGCGAGUAAGAUUGCUGUUUUUGAU